AUGGCAGACCUAUACAGUCAACUCCCAGCCGAGAUACAGCAAACGAUUCUUCAAGUGCUUGUUGACGGUGGCGAGAAAAAGUAUUUAGCAGCGGCACUACGUGUUAACAAAUCAUGGUUCGCCAACUGUGUGCCGAUACUGUAUCGAACCCUUCCCGACUUGCGAGCAAUCUUUGGUGCUGUGGGCUCACCAAAUCUCGAUACAUAUAUCUCCAACAUCUGCCAUAUUGUCUUUGAAGGCGGAUGUUACACAGAGGAUCUUAAGAAAGUCAAGGAUACAAGUCUAGAACUCCCAAACCUGCGGUUCAUAUCCGUUGAGCCACCCUUCGUACCCGGUAGAACUAAACGGAACUAUGAAGAAGAGUACUCACUUGAGCCAAUUUUUCCCUUGCUUCGACCCUCUGUUAUCGCCUUUUCUUGUAUUGGUGGUAUUUUAACCCGCGAGCUUUUGACAGCCCUGAAAGAAAAAUGUCCGCAUCUCGAGAAACUCGAACUCAAGUUUAUGCGCAGCCGUAAUGUUCGAAACAUAGACGAGGAUUAUCUUUGUCAGUGGUUCCGUGAUAUGCCAUCUGUUCAUUCAGUCUCUAUAUUUAAUCUUGGAAAUAUUUCCAAUGGACAUAGGGAUGAGUUGAUUGAGAAGUUGGUGUCAGACAAUCUGGUGUCAGAUCUACUAGACCGGCCUCUGAAGACGCUCGGCCUCGAAUGCUACCCCGAGGAAUUAGGUAGAUUGGGCGGUAAAGAGAUUGUUUACAGCCUUCGAGACCUAAGAGUCGUUUUACGACAAAAUAUCUUCGGCAGUAUCCCGAGAUUUCGUCAUUUGGACAACUUGCAUGUCCGCAUAGAUGGUCUUCUUACGGAAGCAUUGUUCCCAUCUAUCGCGUCGUUGGUUCACUUGAAGUCUUUAAGGAUAAUCUUUGGUGUUUUGCCAACCUUAAAAACAGAAGACAUCAUGUUACUUAGCAAUCUGCACGCGCUCAAAAGACUCGAGAUCCGAAGUAGCCAGAAGGGUGACAUGAGCUACAAAGAUAAAGAUGUAUUUCUUCCCAUCGAAGUCUCGGAGAGUUUUGACGAAGAUUGCUUUCAUCAACUCGUUUCUUCGUUUCUAAAUAUGCGGCAUCUUUUUCUUUUCUUUGACUGGGCACCGGACAGUUUUCGUGUUGUGAAAUCGGUAGCGACUGCAUGUCCUAACGUUGAGUAUCUGGGGUUGGGAUAUAACAUCGACAUCCACGAGAGUCUCAUGAAGGAGAAGAAGCCCGUGCUUCCUUGUUUAAAGAGAUUCGCUCCAGUGAGGAAAAUAGUCAUGGAUGUCUCCGGUGGCCAAUUCAGAAAGACAAGACGCAAUAUUGAGGAAUUUAUCGUUACGGUGUCACGUUUCAUAAUCCAGGCAUUUCCUACUGUCCACCACAUUGCGUUGUCCCCGGAUUACCGUAAGAAUUUUCUUUUUGAUCCGGAAGAAUGGCCGGGCGAGGGAGAGCCGAUACUGUUGGAUUUGGACACUGUCCCGGAUUUUGAGACAUAUCAUGAGGGUGCAAAUAAAUGGUGGUAA